AUGGCUACAGAGGACGCUAUUCAACAACAGUCAAAGAGACUUGCCACUUACACAGCACCUUCUGACGUGUAUGAAGAUCUAGUGGGUAGUGACGAUGAUAUUGAUCCAUUUAAAGAGCGGCAAGGUUCUCGCAGAAUUAUUGAUCGACAGAGCGAAUACCACUCACGUAGAUUAAAUCGAGCGAUUUCACCAGACAGAAAUGAUCCUUUUGCAGAAGGAGAAGAUGGAAAGGGUGAUUCGCGCACCUAUGCUGAUGUUAUGCGAGAGGCUGAGUUAGAAAGAGAAGAGCAACGUGUUAGACGUAAAGUUGAGGAGAUAGUUAAAGAAAAAAAGGAAAAGGUCAAAGAGGCAUCGAUAGAACAAGCAGCUACUCAGAAGAAACGAAGAUGGGACAUGGAGACACCCGUAGAAGCUAAAUCAAGUUCUGAAUGGUCAAAACCUGAUGAUGAGGCACCUAUAUCAAAGAGCAGAUGGGAUGAAACGCCCAGGACAAUGGAUGAAGACUCUAGUUUAGAGACUCCCCGCAAAAGGAGCAGGUGGGAUGUUACUCCACAGGUUUCUACAAAAAAAUCUCGUUGGGACGAGACCCCUGCACAUCCGUCUGUCCAAAUGGGUGCCACUCCUAUUGGUAACCUUGGUCUUCUCACACCAACUCCAGGGCAUCUUGUUCUUAUGACUCCUGAAGCACAACGAUGGGAAAGAGAUUUAGACGCACGCAAUCGACCUCUUACAGAUGAGGAACUUGAUGCAAUGUUUCCUUCAACUGGGUACAAAAUUUUGGACCCACCACCAGGAUACGUUCCCAUUAGAACACCUGCUCGCAAAUUAAUGGCUACCCCAACGCCUAUGGGUGGUGAUGGAUUUGUGAUGUUGGAGGAGGACCGAAAUCAAACUUAUGACCUACCUGCUGAAAUUCCAGGUGUAGGCAAUUUGCCAUUUUUUAAACAAGAAGACAUGCAACACUUUGGUAAAUUAUUAGAAGACAAAGAUGAAAGCGAAUUAUCUGUUGAUGAGUUGAAGGAACGCAAAAUUAUGCGUCUUCUUCUGAAGAUUAAGAACGGAACCCCGCCCAUGAGAAAGACGGCGCUUCGACAAAUAACUGACAAAGCUCGAGAUUUUGGUGCAGGCCCCCUAUUCAACCAAAUCCUUCCACUUUUGAUGUCGCAAAAUUUAGAAGAUCAGGAAAGACAUUUGUUGGUUAAAGUUAUAGACCGUAUACUUUAUAAAUUGGAUGCUUUAGUUCGUCCUUAUGUUCAUAAGAUCCUUGUGGUUAUUGAACCGCUCUUGAUCGAUGAAGAUUACUUCGCACGAUGCGCUGCAGGAUUGCCAACUAUGAUUGCUACUAUGAGACCAGACAUUGACCAUGUGGAUGAAUAUGUCCGAAAUACUACUGCCCGUGCUUUUUCUGUUGUUGCGUCUGCUCAUGGUAUCCCUGCACUUCUUCCAUUUUUGAAGGCUGUAUGUAAGAGUAAAAAGUCAUGGCAGGCUAGACAUACUGGUAUUAAGAUUGUUCAACAAAUCGCUAUACUUAUGGGAUGUGCAGUACUGCCCCAUUUAAAAAAUUUAGUGGAAGCUAUUGCUCAUGGUUUAGAGGAUGAACAGCAAAAAGUUCGUACUAUUACCGCUCUAGCCAUUGCUGCUUUAGCUGAAGCCGCUGCACCAUAUGGUAUAGAGUCAUUUGAUUCUGUUCUCAAGCCUCUUUGGACUGGUAUUCGUAAACAUCGUGGUAAAGGGCUUGCUGCUUUUUUGAAGGCCAUUGGAUACAUUAUUCCAUUAAUGGAUGCUGAAUAUGCUAAUUACUAUACAAAGGAAGUCAUGAUUAUUUUGAUUCGAGAAUUUCAAUCUCCUGAUGAAGAAAUGAAAAAGAUUGUUCUUAAGGUCGUAAAGCAAUGUGCUGCAACUGACGGUGUUCAACCCAAAUAUAUUAAAGAAGAAAUUCUUCCAGAAUUUUUCAAAAACUUUUGGGUUCGACGCAUGGCUCUCGAUCGUCGAAAUUACCGCCAAGUUGUAGAAACGACUGUUGAACUCGCACAGAAGGUUGGUGUUACUGAAAUUGUUGGUCGAAUUGUUGAAGACUUAAAAGAUGAGUCUGAACCAUAUAGAAAAAUGGUCAUGGAAACUGUUGAAAAAGUUGUCAGUCAAUUGGGUGCAGCAGAUAUUGAUACUAGAUUGGAAGAAGUGUUAAUUGAUGGUAUUUUAUAUGCUUUUCAAGAACAAACUGUAGAGGACAUUGUAAUGUUGAAUGGGUUUGGUACAGUCGUCAAUGCUCUGGGACUUCGUGUAAAACCUUAUUUGCAACAAAUUACUUCUACUAUUUUGUGGCGUCUCAACAACAAAUCGGCAAAAGUUCGUCAACAAGCCGCCGAUCUAAUAUCUCGUAUCGCUGUUGUCAUGAAGACAUGUGGUGAAGAAAAACUCAUGGGUCACCUUGGUGUUGUCCUUUACGAAUAUUUAGGCGAAGAAUAUCCAGAAGUGCUUGGAUCUAUUUUAGGAGGAUUAAAAUCUAUUGUCAAUGUAAUUGGAAUGUCAAGCAUGACACCACCCAUUAAAGAUCUUCUUCCCCGUUUGACGCCUAUCUUGAAGAACAGACAUGAGAAAGUACAAGAAUCUUGUAUUGAUCUUGUAGGUCGUAUUGCUGAUCGUGGUGCAGAAUUUGUUAGUGCAAGAGAAUGGAUGCGCAUAUGUUUCGAGUUAUUAGAUAUGCUUAAGGCACAUAAAAAGGGUAUCCGUCGUGCCACGGUAAACACAUUUGGCUAUAUCGCUAAAGCAAUUGGUCCACAAGAUGUUUUGGCAACGUUACUUAAUAAUUUAAAGGUUCAAGAACGUCAAAAUAGAGUUUGCACUACAGUAGCCAUCGCUAUAGUUGCCGAAACCUGUGCACCCUUCACGGUCUUACCCGCGUUGAUGAACGAAUACCGCGUUCCAGAAUUGAAUGUUCAAAAUGGUGUUCUAAAGUCUCUUUCAUUCUUAUUUGAAUAUAUUGGUGAGAUGGGUAAAGAUUACAUCUAUGCCGUAACGCCGUUAUUGGAAGAUGCAUUGAUGGAUCGUGAUUUAGUGCACAGACAAACUGCAUGCACUACAGUCAAACAUAUGUCACUCGGUGUUUUCGGAUUAGGUUGUGAAGAUGCCCUUCUUCAUCUUUUAAACUACGUUUGGCCAAAUAUUUUUGAGACCUCUCCUCACGUCAUAAAUGCUGUCAUGGAGGCAAUAGAAGGUUUGAGGGUAGCGAUUGGUCCUGCAACGAUCUUACAAUAUGUAUUACAGGGGUUAUUCCAUCCCGCCCGUAAAGUCCGUGAAAUCUACUGGAAGAUAUAUAACAAUUUAUAUAUUGGUGCCCAAGAUGCUUUGAUACCAUAUUAUCCUCGUAUCGAGGAUGAUGAAAGAAACAAUUAUGAACGAUAUGAAUUAUCUAUGUGGCUUUGA